AUGAAAGUAUUAUCGCUUACAGUCUGCCAAAAAGGAUCCCCUCCGAAACUGCUUGUUCUGGAACAGGACUUGUCGUCAUUUUCGUUUUAUCAGCGUGGAAGUGUCAAGGAAGCCAUCAACUUUUUUGUGCAGACUAUUGCUGAGCGAACUGCACCUGGAACCAGGCAGACAGUUCAACAAGAUAACUAUACUGGCCACGUUUAUGCCAACUACGAAGGUCUUAUUUCUGUCAUCGUGACGGACGCAGAGUAUCCACCUCGUGUUGCCUUUUCUAUCCUUGCUCGGCUCUUGGAUGAGUUUAACCAAAAGUUUCCACCAUCAAAACGUGCAAAUCUUUCUCCAGACAAGACUCCCCAGGUCUAUCCUGAACUGCGUGAUCAUCUCGUCAAGGCACAGGAUCCGCAAAGCGCUGAUCCGUUUAUGCGAGUUCAGCGUGAACUGGACGAGACAAAGAUUGUCAUGCACAAAACUCUGGACUCGUUGUUGCAACGUGGAGAAAAGCUGGAUGAUCUUGUCGCUCGUUCUGAACAACUUUCUGACCAAUCCCGAAUGUUUUACAAAACUGCAAAGAGCACCAACGCAUGCUGUGUAAGAUCUAUAUUUCCAUUUAUUCAUUAUGAUUUCUGA